AUGGGAAGACAAAUAUUAGAUGGAGUGGUAGUCACAAAUGAGAUUGUGUAUUAUGCACAAAGGAAGAAGAAGAAGUGUGUUUUACUUAAAGUGGAUUUCGCUCAAGCAUACGAUUGUGUGGAUUGGGCUUUUCUAAAAGAAAUGUUGAUCAAUAUGGGAUUCAGAACUAGGUGGUUGAAAUGGAUGAAGGGUAGAGUUUUCAAAAGUAAUAUGUCAGUCUUGGUCAACGAGAGUCCUACUGAAGAGUUUAAUGUUUAUACAGGGUUAAGGCAAGGAGACCCGUUGUCUCCUUACCUGUUUACUAUAGAUGCGGAAGGAUUGGCUAGAAUGGUUAGAAGGGCUACAUUAAGAGGUGAUUUUUUAGGAUUUACAAUCAAUGGUCAAGAAUCAUAUGAUCUUCUCCAAUUUGAUGAUGAUACCAUAAUAGUUGGAGAAGGUACUUGGUCUAAUUUGUGGGCUAUUAAAUUAAUUCUGAGAGGAUUCGAAAUGGUAUCGGGCUUGAGAGUCAACAUGUGGAAAAGCAAAUUGUCUGGGAUAGGUAUUGAAGAUGCACUUAUACACGCUGUUGGAGAUUUUCUGUCGUGCAAAUUAAAUAGUAUGCAUCUUAAGUUCCUUGGUUUAACAAAAGGAAAGGUAUUGAGUGGAUUAGUUGGAAAACUAUUUGUAAACAUAAAGAUGAAUGGGGAUUGGGGAUUAAAGAUGUUGCUUUAUUCAAUAAGGCUUUACUUACCAAAUGAUUAUGGAGGUUCCUUAAACAGGAUGAUUCAAUUUGGAGAGGAAUACUGGAGGAGAAAUAUGGUGAUUUCUAUUAAAAUUGGUGAUGGUGUUAAAGUCCCAUUUUGGAAUAUGAGAUGGAUUGGACAUAGAUCUUUCAGGUAUAUUUUCCCAAAUUUGUACCAGAUUGUGGUAAAUGUAACCUGCAGAGUGAACAGUAUGGGAAGAUGGGAGAGCGAUUGUUGGUUGUGGCAAAUAGAGGAUAGUCUAAGGGGAUUGAAUGCGGUUGCCAGUGCUGAAAUGAGAGAUCUAUUGGUUGUUGUUGUGAUUGUUAAACCAAAGUGCCAGAUUCGUGAUGAUGUUAUUUGGCUGUUAGAAGGUCAUCAUGUGUUUGUGGUUAUGCUAAGAUUUUGUAGGGCUGUGUGGGUGGGGUGGAGGAAACGAGGGGUAAGGAAGCUUUGUCAGUAA